AAUUUUCAAAACAAAUCCUUAAAUUAAGUGUACAUACCAAGUCUACGUAACAGAACUAUAAUUAAGGGAAAAAUACGAAAUUAAUUAGGAGCAAAAAGUGAAGUGAGAAUAUAAAUUGAGAGACAAAUAUUUUAACGAGAAGUGGAAGUGGAAAUCCUCGUCCUCACGGAAAGCACGAUAUUCGACUCUCAUUCAUUCAAUUCAAUCCAACAAGCUUCCAUCAACCAACGCACAACUUUCCCAGAUAUUUCGUGCUUCGUUGUAAACCCACCAAUUUCUCUCAGAACCAAAAAUAAAAAAAUAAAAUCCAAUUUUCGAUUUAUCAGUGUUGUGCUGUGCAAAAUAACCCAUUUUUCCUUAUAUAGAAAACUUCUUCUCUCGCCAUGGGUUGCGGCUACUCCCUUCCAGAUAGGGAUUCAAGGCAGCUAGGUCGACCCAAUUCAGAGAAUGGUGGAGGUCAAGACGCUAAGAAUCUUCGCGUCAAGCUUGUCCUCUUAGGCGAUUCUGGUGUUGGUAAGAGCUGUAUUGUUCUGAGAUUUGUUCGUGGUCAGUUUGACCCGACAUCGAAGGUAACUGUUGGAGCUUCUUUCUUGUCACAAACAAUCGCUCUUCAAGACUCUACAACAGUCAAGUUUGAAAUAUGGGAUACCGCUGGUCAAGAGAGGUAUGCUGCAUUGGCACCACUGUAUUAUCGUGGUGCAGCGGUUGCAGUUAUUGUCUACGAUAUAACAAGCCCAGAAUCUUUCAGCAAAGCACAGUACUGGGUUAAGGAGCUACAAAAACAUGGAAGCCCUGAUAUAGUGAUGGCAUUAGUUGGUAAUAAAGCUGACCUUCACGAGAAGCGGGAAGUGGCUGUUCAGGAUGGCAUGGACUAUGCAGAGAAGAAUGGAAUGUUUUUCAUAGAGACAUCUGCAAAGACAGCGGAUAAUAUAAAUGAACUGUUUGAGGAAAUUGCCAAAAGACUGCCUCGCCCAGUAAUUACUUAAUGCAGUUGUUCACUUGCUUUGGAUCCUAUGAAGUUGUAAUGUAUGAGUUUAUGUUUUAUGUAUAUUUUGGUUAGAUAACAUCUCUGAUCUUAUAUUAACUUGUAAUAUUAUUAUUAUGGACACCUUGUCACGCAGAUGAUAUGAUAUCCACAAGUAUGAGUCUUGUCUAUUAUGAUUUCAUAUAUUCAAUUUAGGAUGCGAUAUUAGACACCAUGCUUUGUGAUCAUCCCUAAUGUUUCAUAUUGACAAGAUGUUUGGGAUUAUCGAGACUAUCCUUAAAAAACGUUAUUUUUGACGCA